CACAACAAGCUACAUUGUCCACAACAGGAACGGCUUCAUCUCCUGCACAACAAUCGACUACGACUGAAGGACAAAGUUCUUCAGAAUUCACUUCAUUUAUAACUGGACGAUUUUCAUCUAGUGUGGAAAAAACAAGCCAGCAAAUACAAACCACUCAGAUUUCAUCUACCACUGAACCAGAAUCUACAUCGAGAGGACAGUCUACUUUUACAACAGCUGUAACACCUAUGACUAUGAUCUCAUUACAAUCAUCUACCAUUGAAAGUGGUUCAACACCAGAAGCUACAUUGUUCACAAAAAGUAUGACUUCAUCUCCUAAACCACCAUUGUCUACAAUUGAAGGGCAAAGGACCUCAGAAUUCACUUCAUCUGCAAUAAGGAUGUCUUCAUCUAAUGUUGAACAAACAAGCCAGCAAUCACAACCUACCCAAACUCCGACUACUAGAGAUUCACAGGCUACAGAGACAGCACAAUUAACUCAUCCAACAGCCGUGACACCUAUGAGCCUGACCUCUAUACAGUCUUCUACCAUUGAAGGUAGUUCAACACAACAAGGUACAUUGUCCACAACAGGUAUACCUUCGUCUCCUGCACAAUCAUUGACUGCAACUGAAUCAGAAAGUAAUUCAGAAUUCACUUCAUCUUUAACUGAAAACUUUACAUCUAGUGUGGAACAAACAAGCCAGCAAGCACAAACCACUACGAUUUCAUCUACCACAAAACCAGAUUCUACAAAGACAACACAAUCAACUUUUACAACAAUUGUAACACCUGUGGGCAUGACCUCAUUCCAAUCAUCUACCAUUGAAGGUGGUUCAACACAAGAAGCUACAUUGUUCACAACAGGUACGCCUCCGUCUUUUGCACCUCCAUUGUCUACGACUGAAAGGCAAAGUAUUUCUGAGUUCACUUCAUCUGCAAUACACAUGUCUUCAUCUAAUGUUGAACAAACAAGCCAGCAAUCACAAACCACCCAAUUUCCGUCUACUACAGAAUCACAGGCUACACAGACAGCACAGUUAACUUUUACAACAGCUGUGACACCUAUGAGUCUGACGUCAUUACAGUCGUCUACCAUUGAAGGUGGUUCAACACAACAAGCUACAUUGUCCACAACAGGAACGGCUUCAUCUCCUGCACAACAAUCGACUACGACUGAAGGACAAAGUUCUUCAGAAUUCACUUCAUUUAUAACUGGACGAUUUUCAUCUAGUGUGGAACAAACAAGCCAGCAAAUACAAACCACUCAGAUUUCAUCUACCACUGAACCAGAAUCUACAUCGAGAGGACAGUCUACUUUUACAACAGCUGUAACACCUAUGACUAUGAUCUCAUUACAAUCAUCUACCAUUGAAAGUGGUUCAACACCAGAAGCUACAUUGUUCACAAAAAGUAUGACUUCAUCUCCUGAACCACCAUUGUCUACGACUGAAGGGCAAAGGACCUCAGAAUUCACUUCAUCUGCAACGGAUGUCUCUUCAUCUAAUGUUGAACAAACAAGCCAGCAAUCACAACCUACCCAAACUCCGACUACUAGAGAUUCACAGGCUACAGAGACAGCACAAUUAACUCAUCCAACAGCCGUGACAUCUAUGAGCCUGACCUCUAUACAGUCUUCUACCAUUGAAGGUAGUUCAACACAACAAGGUACAUUGUCCACAACAGGUAUACCUUCGUCUCCUGCACAAUCAUCGACUGCAACUGAAGCGGAAAGUAAUUCAGAAUUCACUUCAUCUUUAACUGAAACUUUACAUCUAGUGUGGAACAAACAAGCCAGCAAACACAAACCACUCGAUUUCAUCUACCACAAAACCAGAUUCUACAAAGACAACACAAUCAACUUUUACAACAAUUGUAACACCUGUGGGCAUGACCUCAUUCCAAUCAUCUACCGUUGA